AUGGGUGGGGUAAUUUUAGAAACGAAGUUCCAUGUAUUAGCAGUUGACGAUAGCAUCGUCGACAGAAAGUUGAUUGAGAGACUCCUCAAGACUUCUUCUUAUCAAGUUACUGUUGUGGAUUCUGGAGUAAAGGCUCUUGAGUUUCUGGGUUUGCUGGAUGAUGAAAAUGGAAGCAUUGAUUCUACAGCACAAAAUCAUCACCAAGUACAAGUCAAUUUGAUCAUUACAGAUUACAGUAUGCCUGGAAUUACUGGUUAUGAUCUCCUGAGAAAGAUCAAGGAAUCGACUUCAUUAAAGAACAUCCCAGUUGUGAUAAUGUCAUCUGAAGAUGUUCCUUCAAGAAUUAACAGUUGUUUAGAGACAGGAGCAGAAGAGUUCUUCUUGAAGCCUGUUCAACAAUCUGAUGUCAAUAAGCUUAGACCGCACCUAUUGAGAGGAAUGGCUUGA